AGAAAACUGCGAAGGAGCUGAAAGCGACCUUUUCCAACCACACCAGAAAUUGGCUCUCCGUGGCAAUUCUAAACUCACACAGUUACAUCAAAGCGAUACGGGAAACCCACUGGGCGUCCCAUCCCAAAGCUGGCUGCUGAUGGGGACGAGUUCUGCUCCCGAGAGAGUCCCAGAAAGUUGCUCUGAAAACAGAAGAUAGAGGGAGUCUCGGAGCUCGCCAUCUCCAGCGAUCUCUACAUUGGGAAAAAACAUGGAGUCAGCUCCGGCAGCCCCCGACCCCGCCGCCAGCGAGCCGGGCAGCAGCGGCUCGGACGCGGCCGCCGGCUCCAGGGAGACCCCGCUGAACCAGGAAUCCGCCCGCAAGAGCGAGCCGCCCGCCCCGGUGCGCAGACAGAGCUAUUCCAGCACCAGCAGAGGGUUAUCCAUGCCAGUGUCCAGUGAGGGAACUGAGAGAAGGCGGCAUGAUCCAGGUAUCUCAGUAACAAAGAAGACACAUACAUCUCAAAUUGAAAUUAUUCCAUGCAAGAUCUGUGGAGACAAAUCAUCAGGAAUCCAUUACGGUGUCAUUACAUGUGAAGGCUGCAAGGGCUUUUUCAGGAGAAGUCAGCAAAGCAAUGCCACCUACUCCUGUCCUCGUCAAAAGAACUGUUUGAUUGAUCGAACCAGUAGAAACCGCUGCCAGCACUGUCGAUUACAGAAAUGCCUUGCCGUGGGGAUGUCUCGAGAUGCUGUAAAAUUUGGCCGCAUGUCGAAAAAGCAGAGAGACAGCUUGUACGCAGAAGUACAGAAGCACCGGAUGCAGCAGCAGCAGCGAGACCACCAACAGCAGCCUGGAGAGGCCGAGCCGCUGACUCCCACCUAUAACAUCUCGGCCAACGGGCUCACGGAGCUUCACGAUGACCUCAGCAACUACAUCGACGGGCACACCCCCGAGGGCAGCAAGGCAGACUCUGCCGUCAGCAGCUUCUACCUGGACAUACAGCCUUCCCCGGACCAGUCAGGUCUUGAUAUCAAUGGAAUCAAACCAGAACCCAUAUGUGACUACACACCAGCAUCAGGCUUCUUCCCCUACUGCUCUUUCACCAAUGGAGAGACUUCCCCAACUGUGUCCAUGGCAGAACUAGAACACCUUGCACAGAAUAUAUCUAAAUCACAUCUGGAAACUUGCCAAUACUUGAGAGAAGAGCUCCAGCAGAUAACGUGGCAGACCUUUCUGCAGGAGGAGAUUGAGAAUUAUCAAAACAAGCAGCGGGAGGUGAUGUGGCAAUUGUGUGCCAUCAAAAUUACAGAAGCUAUACAGUACGUGGUGGAGUUUGCCAAACGCAUUGAUGGAUUUAUGGAACUAUGUCAAAACGAUCAAAUUGUGCUUCUCAAAGCAGGUUCUCUAGAGGUGGUAUUUAUCAGAAUGUGCCGUGCCUUUGACUCUCAGAACAAUACCGUGUACUUCGAUGGGAAAUAUGCUAGCCCCGAUGUCUUCAAAUCCUUAGGUUGUGAAGACUUUAUUAGCUUUGUAUUUGAAUUUGGAAAGAGUUUAUGUUCUAUGCACCUGACUGAAGAUGAAAUUGCAUUAUUUUCUGCAUUUGUCCUGAUGUCAGCAGAUCGCUCAUGGCUGCAGGAAAAGGUAAAAAUUGAAAAGCUGCAACAGAAAAUUCAGCUAGCUCUUCAACAUGUCCUACAGAAGAAUCACCGAGAAGAUGGAAUACUAACAAAGGGAACAAAACAUAUACAAGGAUCGAGCUACCCUUUGAUCAGAAAAGGCAAAGAAGGAAAUUUCAACUUGUGAGGAAACAUCUAUUGAUUGAUAGUAGCUGCCAGAAUUGCAGAAAUGAGGAUUCUCAAAGGAUUGCCAUGACUGAUCGGUGAUAUCUACCCUGAAUGUAGGAGGGGAGAAAACCUGAACUCACACCACACUUUGUCAUCUUUGCUUUAGAAAUCAUUAAAGGAGAAUGUCAAAAUGAUGCCAAAGGCUUUAAAGAUGCCAAAGACUUUUUAAAAAAUCUGACUUUACCUGGGCUAUCAUUGUACCAUCCCAGCCUGGCCCCUUCUCUUGAGUAGAUCAGAUAGGAGUAAACCAAUAGAGUUAACUUCAGCUAAAUAUCACAUGAUUUUAAUGAUGCAAAGCCUCAUCAUAAAUUAUUUUCAAAGUAAUCUCAAGGACAUUGACAUUAUAAAAUAUUUGGAAGUCAGACUGAAGUCAGACUAAACGCAACUGAGUUGGGCUUUUCCUCCACCCACAUUCCUAAGCGUCUCUUGCACUUAGUAAAAUAACUAUUUGAAAUGAUCCCCAAAGUCAUUUCAUAUAACAAACAUCAUGAAUCACACUGAUGGAUCCCCAGUUUGUCUGGAGGCAAACCUAAACAUCCAAGAGUGGCAGAAGCCUCUUGCUAGAUUAACAGCCACUUUAUCCUUUUCCUGUACCAUCAGUUGUGAGCUUGUUUUCCUAAUGUCAUUUAUCUAUGAUUAAGGAGCUAACAAAAGUCUUUGUGUGUUUACUAUGAUUCUGGAUUUUUUCUCCUUUAGAGGGGAAAUAUUGACUCUAGUAAGAUAUAGUCAUGUCUCAGUAAUCCAUUUGUUAUUUAUCUGCCUGAUAGAUUUCUCAAACAAUAUUUUAAACUCCAGAAUGAUUUAUUUGUAGGGGAGAAGAUGCUUCAACUGUGACUUGUUCUUUGCUUACAGAACAAAAAUUAAUUUUAACCUCCCUCACAGUUAAUUACAAUACUCACCCCCUAACAAGUCUCACAUCUAUCUUCUACCAUUCUUUCUUUACUGUUUCCAUAAAAUACGCAUUGUAUUCUAAAGACAGAUACUUAUUUAGUUAUCCUACUUGGAAUUAUUUCUGCUAUCAUUACUUUCUCUCUGUGGGAUAGUUAGGGGCUACCUAUAAAUAACUAGCAUUCAUGGAGUGAAUGUGGAGGGGGAAAAAAAAAAACUGCUGAGAAAUUGGUGCAACCACUGUGGAAAACAG